AUGCCUAACAAAAAGCUAACUGUCCUAUUGGCGCCGGCACAGUUUGUGGGGCCCAUGAUGUCCAGUAUAGGUAUGGCCGAAGUGUUGCGAGACGUGGGCGGACACGAGUGUGUGUUUGCCGUCAAAAACUAUUGGAAAGCACGGCUCGAGUCCAUGGGAUUUGAGGUGAAACUGGUUGAACAGACGGUGGACAGGGAUGUGGUUGUCAUGGAUUCGGCCGAUAGUAACGUAAAGGACGCUCUUGAGGGGGGAUUUAUUGAUGAUAUCACACCAUUAGAAAAGGCUAUUAGUAGCAGCGACUACAUUAUGAAAGUAUUACCCAAAGAGAUCCGAGAAACUGAUCCCUACCUCAGGAGUAUUAUAGCGGACGUAAAGCCGGAUGUCAUAAUUAGCGACCAUUUCCUAACACUUCCCUCAAUAGUGACAUCAGGCAUACCCUGGAUAUUCAGUUGGAGUAAUAAUCCUCAUUCACUGGAUUAUGGUUAUGAGGACAAACGCCUCCCGCCAUCAUUUUUAGGAUUGCCGACAAAUAGUGAGACAGAAGUGAAGGAGAAAUACAGACAACAGAUAAAUGAGGCAAAAGCAGACAAAUGGUAUGAAUAUAGGGAUCAACUCAUUGCUAAUGGAUGUCCGGAACUCAAGGAUUUCCUUAUGUGGACCCCAUCCCCCUUUGCAAACAUAUAUAUGAUACCCAAAGAACUGGAUUAUACGGACAUCAGACCACUUCCUGAUAAUUUCCAUGGAUUUGAUUAUUUUAAAAGAAGUGGUAAUGAAGACACGUUUGAAGUCCCAGAAAAUCUUAAGAAUAGGUCCGGAAAACUGGUUUAUUUGUCGUUGGGUUCUAUGGGUUCUGGAAAUGUAGAGCUUAUGAAGAGAUUGGUUGCGAUUUUGUCCAAAUCUAAGCACCGGUUCAUUGUCUCCAAAGGUGUCAAACAUAAUGAAUACAAAUUGGCGGACAAUAUGUGGGGCGAGAGGUCUGUCCCUCAGGUGAAAGUGUUGCCAAUCGUAGACCUAAUGAUAACACACGGCGGCAACAAUUCUGUGACGGAAACCAUGUAUUUCGGGAAACCUAUGAUAGUCUUACCACUCUUUGGGGAUCAAUUAGAUAACGCACAGAGAGUUCAAGAAAAGGGGUUUGGGAUUAGACUCAAUCCCUACGAGUGCUCUGAAAAUGAAUUAUUGGAUUCAAUCGAAAAGUUAUUAAACGACAAAAUAUUUGCUCAAAAGUUGGCAAAAUUUGUGGGCCCUGUGAACGCUAGUAUAGGUAUGGCUGAGGUGUUGAGAGACACCGGUCGAUACCACUGUGUGUUUGCGGUGACCAACGACUGGAAGUCACGGCUCGAGUCCAUUGGGUUUGAGGUGAAACUCAUGGGACAACCGGUGGCCGGGGAUGUGGUGGUGACUGAUUCAGCCGAUAGUAACGUGGCUGUGGCCGAGGAAAAUAACGUUUUUGAAAACACCACUCCAUUGGAAAUGGCUAUUCGUUGCAAUGAUUUCUUUGUCAACUUUGGUCUCAAAGAGAUCACAGAAACGGAUCCAUUGAUUAAGGCUAUUAUACAGGAUCUGAAACCUGAUGUCAUAAUAAGUGACCAGGUUGUUCAAAUACCUAGUAUUGUAACAUCAGGCAUACCCUGGAUAUUUAGUUGGAGUAGCAACCCAUUAUCAUUAAACUACGGUUACCCGGAUAACAUACUUCCACCAGCAUUCUUAGGAUUGCCGACAAAUAGUGGGACAGAAGUGAAGGAGGAAUACAGACAACAACCGUGGGAAAAAAGUCGUGAAAAGUGGUAUAAAUAUAGGGAUCAAUUGGUUUCCAUGGGAUGUCCCAAACUUCAAGAAUUCCUAAUCUGGACCCCUUCCCCAUACGCUAACAUUUAUAUGACUCCUAAAGAACUGGAUUAUACGGACAUCAGACCACUUCCCGACACUUUCCAUGGAUUUGAUAAUUUUAAACGAACCGGAAAUGAAGACACGUUUGAAAUCCCGGAAAGCCUUAAGAAUAGGUCCGGAAAACUGAUUUACUUGUCGUUGGGUUCAAUGGGAUCUGGAAAUGUAGAGCUCAUGAAGAGAUUGGUCGCGAUUUUGUCCAAAUCUAAGCACCGGUUCAUUGUCUCCAAAGGUGUCAAACAUAAUGAAUACGAAUUGGCGGACAAUAUGUGGGGCGAGAGGUCUGUCCCUCAGGUGAAAGUGUUGCCAAUUGUAGACCUAAUGAUAACACACGGCGGCAAUAAUACAGUCACCGAAACCAUGUAUUUCGGGAAACCUAUGAUAGUCUUACCAUUAUUUGCGGAUCAAUUGGAUAACGCACAGAGAAUUCAAGAAAAAGGAUUUGGUAUAAGACUCGACGCUUUCAAGUGCUCUGAAAAUGAAUUAUUGGAUUCAAUCGACAGACUAUUAAGCGAUGAAAUAUUGGCACAAAAGUUGGCAAAAGUGUCGCAAAGAAUUCAAAGCGAAAGGAAUAUCGAAAAACUCGUCAAAAUUGUUGAGAAUUUAGUGAAAUAA